AUGAAACCUACAACCGCCAGAGCUGGCAUCUUGUUGUUGUUGUUGGUGGUGUGUUUCUUGACGACACUCUCCACAACACACGGAUUUACCUUGAGUGCUCUCGGAAAUAAUUUCAAAAUUCAAUCUUCAGGGCAAACUCAGCAACAAGAAAACCAACAACAAGAAGCUCCACAAACUCAUGUCAUUAAUUUGCAAAUUCCAGUACCAACAACCACUCAACAACAACAAACCACAUCAACAUCAUCAGAUGCCAGUACGAGUGCUUCUUCUGCCACCACGUCAGAUGCCACUUCCCAAAAUGGUUAUCAAGUCAUUACCAUUCCUUCCAAGCCAAUCACCAUCAAAAUUCCACCCUUCAACAUUCCUAAAGGAAGAAGAAAUACUUGUCGACCAAAGUCAAAAUCAAAGAAAUCUACUGGAACCCUUGUGAUUGAACUUCAUCACAAGAAGAGAAAUCGUCAACCCAAACGAAAAGUUGUUCUUGUUAUGGAAAAGAAAAAAAAGCCAAAAAAGUUGGUUGAAAUUCAAAAGAGAAGAUCAUCUUUGAAAUGUUCAAGAGGUGAAACUCGAUCAUUGGUUCGUAAAUUGAGAGCAAUUUUUUCAGCUCAGAGAUGUCACGGAAGAAGAUUCCAUCCAAGAAGACAUCUUCGAUCCUUGCAUUUGAGAAGAUUGUGGGCUUCAUUGAGAAGAAGAAGACCUCUCAGAUGUAGAAAUCGUGCAAGACCAAGAUUUGGACGUGUGGCAAAGAGAUUGUUGAAAUGUCUUUUCAAGAGAAGUAGAAUGUGUUUAAAGAUUAAAGUCAACAAGUGCAAAAGAAAGAAGGUUCAAAGAGGACCAAAGAAGAUUAUUAUCACCAUCAAAAAGACCAAGAAGAUUGUUCCAAAGAAGAAGAAGAAGAAACUUUCUGAAACAACCAUCAAAAAGUUGAAAUUACUCGCUAAUUGUAACUCCACAAGGUUAGUCACCAAGGAAGCGUCCAAGAAGAAGAAGAUUGAAAUUACCAUUCGAAGAAAGAAGGGAGCUCCAAAGAAGAAGAUUUUCAUCACCGUUAGAAAGAACAAGAAAGGUACAAAGCAAGCUCCAAAGAAGAAGGUUGCCAAGAAGAAGACUGCCAAGAAACAAGCUCCAAAGGAACCUUCGACCAUUGAUGAAAUUUUCGAAUAA